UUUAUGUGACCACACUUACUAAGACCUCAUUUGAUGAAAUUGCUCUAAAUAACAAAUCUAAACUGAUGUAAGAAGCCAUUUGUAAUGUAGCCGUGAACGUCAGUAAUGUUCACCAGAAAUGACUAUAGCGUUACAGCCAUGUAUUAAUGUUCAGUUUCAUGUUAGCGAUGUAAAUAGACUUUCCUAUUUACUAGUCAAUCAGUCAUGAAUUAUGCGGCACCCAGUUUAUGGUCUGAUAAACGGACUAAAAUCUCACAUUUAAACAUUUUAACCCAUCUAAAGUUUCUGUCACAUCUCAUUAAAUGCAGAAGUGUGUUUUGAUUGAUUUAUUGUGGGACAAUUCUUGUAAAUGUUUCUCUUCAAAAUAAAAUUAACUCGUCUACUAGGUACUGAGCUAUAAACCACACUCUAAGUGUGAGGGCUAAUGACAGCAUCCGGCUCUUUAGACUGAAGUAUGUUGGGCACGUUUCUAACAUGGGAAUUAGUGGUUAGAAGUUGGAAGUCUUAACUACUAAGCCGCUUUCAUUAUGAUAUCAUAAUGGAAGUAAAUCCGAAAUACUUUAACCACGACAUAUCAGUUUGUGUAUAUGAAGAGAAUAGUAAAGCCGUCUUCCAAUGUUUUUCUUAAUUGCGCACCGCUUGUGUGUUGUAUAACUUCAUAAAACUUUUGCUAUGUUUUAUCAGUAGUAUUACAUUACUCCAGUAUUAUUAAAUUUUUUCAGCUGCAUCGCUCGUAUGACAGAUUCAAAUAUUUUGAAGCGUGUUUGGGAGGGUAAGGUUCCAGCUUGCUUUACGUUGGCACAAGAGGAUUUGGCGCAUGAAGAUCAUGCUCCUCCGCCUAUAUAUAUGUUCCUUCCUCGUGUUUCUUAUUUUCCAUUGGUUACUGAAAAAGUUAUAAGACAAUUCAGUCAGUUUUCUGAAUGUGCACUCAAGACUGCAUCCAAAAAUAUGACCUCUGAGACACGGGGCAAAUUAGAACAUGAAAUGCAAUAUACCCAAUCCGAUCAGAUUGAUACUUUCAAACAGCAUCCUUUAAUACACGAAUUUUGGCUUGAAUAUGCUCAUCAACCCUUGAAAUGGCACUAUCCUAUCGGACUUGUAUUUGAUAUGUGUGCAGAUACAAUGGACAUUCCAUGGAAGAUAACAGUUCAUUUUAGUAAUUAUCCGACUGACUUGCUUUUAUCCCCACCGGUAAGUCGACUAGCUGUUGAAGCACAUUUCCUGUCGAUGAUUAAAGAAGCCGAUGCUUUAAAGCAUCGUAGCUACGUUAUCAAUCAAAUGCAAGCUAGAGAUCAUCGGCAAUUAUGGAAUGGCUUACUACACUUUCGAUAUGACCAAUUUUGGUCGAUCAAUAGCAAAUUAAUGGAGCCUCUUCCACAAAAUACCAAGGAUCUUCCUUUAGAGGAAAUGUCUGCCCCUGAAAUUCCAGAAAAUAAACCAUUGUCUUCAAGUCUCAAUAAUAUGUCAUCUUCAAAGUGUAGAACUUUUCGUUACAUUCCAUGUCGUCUUUAUUGUGUUUCUGAGAAUUCAAGUUCCACACCAUCUGGUUUCAUUCAAAAACUUAUUCGUCCUUUAAAUGAUGACGGUUCGCUUACUUCACUUCAAGAUGCUAUCGAAAUUCUUUUGCAUACAAGUAAAAAUCCACUUGUACAGAAUACCAAACCAAAAGGGUAUCUGUUUUUCAUCCAUGGUAUCACAUUACCCCACGAAACACCGAUGCAAUGGAUCAGCGAACACUUAUCCUAUCCUGACAAUUUUGUGCAUGUUGUUGCACGUCCUCAAAGCCAUUCUCAUCGGAUUAAAAUUCAUAAUCCUUCAUACAUGUAA